AUGCCUACUGUACCACAUGAGGAACGUAGCCAGGCCUAUAAUGCUUGUGAAAGUUUCAAGGAAAAUUCUCCUUGGUGUGCCCAAGCUGGCUUACUGUUGGCAAGUGGAGGUCAGUACUCACCAGGAGUUAAACAUUUUGGACUCCAACUUAUGGAACAUACGGUUAAAUAUAGAUGGACACAAAUUACGCAAGCAGAAAAAAUAUUUAUUAAGGAAAAUGCCAUGAAGCUUCUUUUUAUGGGCGGAUGGGAGACAAGUCAUCUUAACGAUGCGCUGGCCCGUGUCAUCGUGGAGAUGAUAAAACGCGAGUGGCCACAGCAGUGGCCCACGUUGCUAGCGGAGUUGAGUGACGCCUGCUCCCGGGGCCACAGGCAUACGCAGAUUGUUUUACACGUGUUCCUAAGACUGGCUGAGGAUGUUGCUAUACUACAAACAUUAGAUAAUACUCAAAGACGGAAGGAUAUAAACCAAGGUCUAACAGGGAACAUGUCCGAGAUAUUUGCUUUCUUCAUGCGGCUGAUAGAGUUACAUGUACAAGGAUUUAGAGAGAAGACUGCCGCAGGUGACUACGCCGCUGCCACAAGCCACGGCCAAGUGGUGCAGGUGGUUUUACUAACAUUGACUGGAUAUGUAGAAUGGGUCUCAAUAAAUCAUGUAGUAAUGAACAAUGGUCGCUUACUUCAAAUUCUAUGCAUUCUGAUGCAGGACGAUGCUUUUCAGUUACCUGCUGCCGAGUGUCUAUUACAAAUUGUGAAUAGAAAGGGUUCGACAAAAGAAAGGAAGCCUUUAAUAAUAUUAUUUAGUAAAGAAGCAAUAUCAUGUAUACACCGCGCUGCGGUGGUUAGCAUUAACGCUGUCGACGAAGCGCAUUAUUUGUUCCUAAAAAAAUUCUCACAGGUCUUAGCUGGGCUAGGCUAUCAGUUGACGUCUUUGUGGAGCUUUGCUACAGAUGUGGAGUCUUGGUUGCCGAUACUUUUAGAAACAAUGUUACAGUUGACGUCACAUCCUUCGUUAUCUAUCGUACACACGACCAAUUCCAUGUGGCUCGCCUUCCUUAGGCACGAUCAAAUAUCGAAGCUACCACCUAUAUUGGCCGUCAUACCGAGAUGGAUGCAGGCAUCCGCGCCAAAAGUGCUUAAGGUGACGUACCCAUCAUCAAGAGUGAGCAAUAAUCAUGAUGCGGUCGCAUACGCAUGUAUGGACUAUGACAGCGAACAAGAGUUUGCCAUAUUUUUUGCCAGAUGUCGCACUGAAAUAUUAGAAAGUUUUAAAUACUGCAUGAUAGCAGCACCUUUAGUGACAUGGGGUUAUGUGGAGCAAUGGACGCGCGCUGCUCUGGAUAAAGUCGACACUUGUCCACCACAAAUGGACACGCACCAUCCUAUGUAUAUUGAAUGGGAGGCAUUAUCUCAGGUACUAGACAUAGUGCUGUCGCGCCUGCUUCAAGCCGAUCCUCGUCCCAGCGUGGUUGAGGGCUUACAGCUGCUGCAGCGCUGCGUGGUGUGCUCGCCGCCCGCUCCGCUCGUGCUGUCCCUCUUGCUCUCCUUCAUAUCCGCUCUCUUCGUGUUUCUCAGCUGCGCUUACAGUCAGCUCGCUGGUCCGGGUGUGGGAGUGGCGGGAGCAGAUCUCUUGCCGCGGGUUUUAGACAAAAUUUUUGCUGCCCUCGUGUACGAAGGUACUCCGCCCGAGGACAGACGCUCUCGUUCUGUGAAGAACGUACGAAGACACGCCGCUGGAUUACUAGUUAAAUUAGGUUCUAAGUAUCCUUUACUUCUCCUGCCGGUGUUCGGUCGUUUGCACGAGCUGUGUUCAACGACGCUAGCGAGGCCGGACCUCAGCGCGGUCGAAAGUGUCACAUUGCAAGAGGCUUUACUGUUGGUGUCCAAUCAUUUCUGCUGCUACGAAAGACAGAGUCAGCUGGUAGCUCAGGUGCUGGGCGACUGCAGCGCGCGCUGGGCCAGCCUCAGCCCGCACCUGGCGAGCGCGGAGGGGCUGGCGCGGCUGGUGGGGCUGGACGCGGCGCCGAGCGACGCCGAGGACGAGCGCGGCCGCGCGCGCCGCACGCUGCUGCACGCGCUCACGCUCGUGCUCGGCGUCGUCAAGCGCACCUGCGUGCCGCCCGACCCCGACAAGGCGGCGCGCGGCGGGUUCAGCGGCGGCGUGACGGCGGCCGGCAACCCCAUGUGGCGCAACCCGUGCGCGGCGCACGUGCUGCCGCUGUUCCCGGCGGCGCUGGCGCUGGCGCGCGCGCUGCACGAGCUGCACGAGCCGGCGCGCGCCGCGCUGCGCCACCCCGCGCACGCGCGCGCCCUCGCGCCGCCCGCCGCCGAGCGCCGCAACCUGCUGGGCAUCCGCGACCACGACGCGCCGCCCGCCACGCGCCCGCAGGAGCGCAUGCAGAUGUUCCUGCACACGCUGCACGACAACGUGUGCCACCUGGUGGGCGCGGCGGCGGGCACGCUGGGCCGCGAGCUGUACGCCGUGCCCGGGCUGGCCGCCUUCCUGAGCGAGUCGCUGCUGGCGGGGCUGCAGUUCCUGCCCGACCACUGGCUGCGGCCCAUCGUGCGCAGCGCGCUCAAGCCGCUGCUGCUGCACUGCCCGCCCGCGCACUACGCCGACGUGGCGCUGCCGCUGCUCGACCACUUCGCGCCGCGCAUGUUAACACAUUUGAGUCAACGCUGGGACUAUAUAUCAUCUCUAUAUGAAUCUGGAAAACUGGAAGAGGAAACUGGCAGUGAAUCCCAAGAGGUACUUGAAGACAUUCUGGUCCGGACUCUAACUAGAGAGUAUCUCGAAGUUCUCAAAAUAUCGUUAGUCGACGGUGGUCUGAGCGUGGAGCCUAGCGUGGACGACAUGGACGAGGACUCGGCGCCCGUCAGCAACGCUCAGCAGCGCGCCCCCGACACCGUCUCGGAGCUCGGCGCGCUCGUCCUCGCCCAGCCCUGCGCCGGGCCCGCCGUGCUCUACACGGUGCUGCGCGCGCUGACGUGGAGCGACUCGAUGUCGUCGCUGCGCGCGACGGCGCUGGCGUGGCCGGCGCUGCGCGGCGCGCUGGGCGCGGGGCGCGUGGGCGCGGGCGAGGCCAGCGCCGCGCUGGGCGCCGUGCUGCAGGCGCUGCGCGUGCACGGCCAGCACGACGCCAACCAGGCCGCGCUGCUCGCGCUCGCCGUGCAGACGUACGAGAUCCUGCGGCCGCUGUUCCCGGACGUGGCGAGCGUGCUGCGCUCCAUCCCCGACGUGGACGCGCACGACCUGCAGCGCCUCGACGACAAGCUCGCCGCACAAAACGCCAAACCUUCCAAGAUCGACAAGAGCAAACGCGACUUGUUCAAGAAGAUCACCUCCAGGUUGAUCGGACGAAACGUGGGACAGUUGUUCAGAAAGGAGGUGUACAUCCUGGACCUGCCGACCAUGCACAUAGUGAAGGAGAAGCCCCGCAGUGCCAUCGACGCGCCCGAGGGCGCGGGCCUGGAGCAGCUGUUCGCGUCCGGCGCGCCCACCUAG